AAAGAAGAAGAAAAAAAAAAGAAAGACGAAACCAAAAAGCAAAGCAAUCAAGUUUAAAUCAUUUUUUAAGAGCCGAAAGCACAAACAAAGAGUUUCCAACUAUUUCUCUCUGUUUCCAUUUUCCGUUUUUCUAUUUCUCAAUUUAUAAUUUCUUUUCUCUCUCAAAAGAGAAAAAUGGUACCAACCGCUUCAGGAAACAGUGAUCCAUUGUUCACUCGUAAAUAGAUCUGCGUCUUCUCCACCAUUGCCUUCAUCUCAGUACAGGGGAAUAGAAUAGAAGAUAUUAAUUGAAUGACGGCCAUUUCUUGUCAGCACCAUUCAUUCAUGACCUGCGUAGCGUUGCUGUAUUGAAGAAGUUAUGGAAUCUGGGGAAAGCAACAAUGGUAGCGAGCGGUGUAUCAUAUCCAAUGAUUCUUCAUGGUUCAGUCAAUUCCGAAAUGCCUCCAAUCCUUGGAUGGCAAGAUACGCCUAUGCCUUGAUUUUUCUCGUGGCUAACCUCUUGGCAUGGGCUGCUCGUGACUAUGGUCAUGGUGCUUUAACAGAAAUGGAGAGAUUAAAAGGAUGCAAUGGUGGAAAAGACUGUUUGGGCGCUGAAGGCGUCUUGCGUGUGAGCUUAGGUUGCUUUAUUUUUUAUAUCAUAAUGUUUUUGUCAACUGCGGGCACUUCUAAACUGAACCAAAUGAAAGACAGAUGGCACUCUGGAUGGUGGUUAGUCAAGAUUCCUUUCUGGGCUGUCAUGACUGUCAUACCAUUUUUUCUACCUUCUGGCUUUAUUCAAGUUUAUGGAGAGGUAGCCCAUUUUGGUGCCGGGGUUUUUCUCCUAAUUCAAUUAAUAAGCAUAAUCAGCUUCAUCACCUGGCUGAAUGAUUGCUGUGCUUCUGAAAAAUAUGCAGCACGUUGCCAAAUUCAUGUGAUGUUAUUUGCAACUACUGCAUAUGUUGUCUGUUUGGUGGGGAUUAUUUUGAUGUACAUUUGGUAUGCACCAGAGCCUUCUUGCCUUCUCAACAUUUUCUUCAUUACUUGGACUCUAGUACUUGUCCAACUCAUGACCAGCGCGUCUCUGCACCCGAAAAUUAAUGCAGGUAUUCUAACUCCAGGCCUGAUGGGGCUUUACGUUGUCUUUCUUUGCUGGUGCGCUAUUCGAAGUGAACCUGCUGGAGAAAACUGCAUCAGGAAGUCAGACUCUGCAACCAAAACAGACUGGCUAAGCAUCAUUAGCUUUGUUGUAGCAAUACUUGCACUUGUUAUCGCGACAUUUUCAACAGGCAUAGAUUCCAAAUGCUUUCAGUUCCGGAAAGACGAUACACCAGCAGAAGAUGAUGUACCAUAUGGUUAUGGCUUCUUCCAUUUUGUUUUUGCCACGGGCGCUAUGUAUUUCGCUAUGCUAUUGGUUGGAUGGAACAGUCAUCAUGCUAUGAGAAAAUGGACAAUUGAUGUGGGCUGGACCAGCACUUGGGUCAGAAUAGUAAAUGAAUGGCUGGCAGUUUGUGUUUAUUUAUGGAUGCUGGUAGCUCCAAUGAUAUGGAAGUGCAGACAUGCUGGUUCUACUGGAGAAAGUUGAAACACAACCAUCCUAGUUAUGAAAUUUUGUUGAGAGUUAUUAUGAUCUUCAGAGAGUCCCAAGUCUCAGCUGUACAUAUAAUGGACUCCAGCUCUGCAGAUAGGAAAAAGGAUUGCAAUUAUAACAUCCAGGAAAUUUCUUAAACAGAAAAAAUGAUUAUUCUUUAAUGGGCACUAAAUGGAAGCAGUGUUCUGACACGUAUGGUGGUUGGAUUGGAUUUGUGUUAUUUCUGCAUGAAGAUAUAUAGUACUUUCACUCUAUGAAGGGAUUAUUAUGAAAGAAAACUACACUCUUACCUGUACAUGUAUCAAUGAGGGAGGAAAAUGUUAUGUAAAAUAAUUUAAUAGAUGUAUUUUUCAAUCAUAAUUUUUUUAAUUCUUAGACUCAUUGAUAGAGAAGUUUUGUGUUAGACUUUUCAUUUAGCAUAAUAGUUAUGCUUUUAAAUGGCAAUUACUAUA